AUCCGGAAGAUGGACGACGAGAACAAAUGAAACGAAUGAGAAAAAUGCCUGUAUUCGACGGUCAAUCCACGAUGGUGAAAUAGCGAAACCAUAGCGGAGACACCCAUCAAUGGGUUCCCAUAUCUUAGACAUCCUUGGUCAGGGAAUAUGGGCUUCCUUGACCGGGGGGUGGUUUUACGACCCCCGUCAGAGUAUCUUUUGCAACACUUUCCACCUUUACCUGUGGAUGUUUUUCCUCGCAUUUCCACUAAUUCUACACCUUACCUUGAAACCGUCAGUCCUGGUAUGGACAGUGUACUGUGGAGUCAUUGCCUUGCUGUUCCUCCUCGUCAAGGUGGUCAACUUCAGGCUUCAUCAUAUGUAUGACACCGGUGAUGUGGAUGAAGAUGAGCCUAAGUCGGACAAGGGAAGCAAGGCCGGCUCCACUGAUUUGGCUAAAAGUAUUGAAAUCAGGGAUAAUGCAAAUUCUGAAAGUAUUGAAAUGGUUCAACUUGACCGAAGAAGGGAGACAACUCCAGCUUUGGAGGGUGAACAUGGAUCCAGACUAGAGUUUAUUUCUGAAAUAAAGUCAGCAGAAAAUUCAGGAGCCCACACUGACAUUAAAUCAUCUCAUGGAGUUGCUCCCCUUGCUGAAAUCGAGGGUGAUGAUUUCAGUACCGAGACAGGGUCAGCGUCCAGACACAGGCCAGACAGCACAGAGAGCAGUCUGGAGAGUGCCCUGAAGUCGGACUUGCCACAUUCCAUAACCACCCAGGUUGAGGUGGAGAUCAACCCACACAUCCCAGAAAACACUCCAUCUGAGAAGUCAGGCAGUAAUCCCCCAAGAUUGAGGGAAGAGAGUGACUCGGAUUUAUCCCCAGAAUAUAUUCCAAAGUUACGUUUACGCCGAGAAAGACGAGCAGUUCGCAGAUCGAAAAGUGCUCUUGAACCUAGUAAUCCUGGUUCUCAGCCUGAGCCUAAAUCAGGGGGGAUGCGGAUGUCCCUGCCCCCCCACGCCCGUGUCCCAGUGAGUGCUGAGCAGCUGCAGAGACAGAUCAGUGAUGGGCACAUGGUGAUGAGGAGACUGGCCUCCGAUUCCAGGAUGGAUAGCCCAGCUAUCAAGAGACAGGAGAGGCAUGAGGCUGUGAGGAACAGACUAAGGACUCCAAGUACUAGAUCUUUAGAAUUACUCAAAGAGAACUUGCCAAAGAGAUCCCAAAGUGUAACAAAUGAUGCCCUUCCCCAUGAACAGUUAAGACCUGUGGCUGUCAGUAGAAGUCCGUCACUACCCCGCCCAGCAUCAUUGUCUUUAACAGCUGGUGGGAGCAGGCCUCGAAUGGUCCGACAUAGUCCCCAGUCUAGUGUCAGUGACUCUUCAGAUCUUAGUCUUGGUGAAAUAUAUAUCCCCUCUAUAGCAGAGAGGCCGACUGUUCAAGGUCAAAGGUCAAGACCAGGGAGUGGGGGAACAUCCAGUUCUGCUCACACAUUAACAGAACGAGGGUCAAGUCCUGCAAUUUCAGGUGGAGGUACAAAGAGUAAAGAUUUUGGAAUAUUUAAGAUCACUCGCUACUUACAAAGCUCUGAAGACCCUAGCAAGAGAGCCAAUCAUUCGACACAGAGCAGUGUAGUAGGGUUAGACUGGUUGUUCAGUACAGACAGUGAGUCAGCCACUUCGGGGGACAGCCAUUCCCAGACUGAUGUGUCCGAGUCUACAAGCACAAUAACCAAUGAAGGGGAGAGCUCGUAUGACGUGAGCUCUGACCAGCACAAUGCAGGGUAUCAGCCUCUGGCAGGCCUGGAGUGCACCACAACUCCCAGUAGCCCCAGCACUGAUGAGCUGGAGGUGAUGAGAAGCCAGGGAGCUAUACCCAAACACUACCAGCGCAGGUCAGGACCCAGUGCUGCACCAGCAGGUGAUAUGUCCACCAGCCCUGGCUCAACAGAUCUAUCCGACCCAGAAGAAAUCAAAAAGAAGUUGAUAGAACUCCUCUGCAAAUCUCAGGACCACCCAGAAGAACUUAAACGGUUCCGAGAAUAUGUUAGGCUGCAAAAAAACCAGAACAAUAACAACAAUGAUGAGCCGGACAAAGAGAAGCAGGAGGAAGCAUCUAAAGCAGAAAAAAUAAAGCAAGAAAGUGAAGAUAAGGGGAAAGCUGUUGAACAGGACAAUGGGGCGAUAGGAGGGGCCCCCGGGGGAGGGACCCCUGCCCCCAACAACACCGACGAGACUGAGUCCAAAUCCACCACCCCCACUGAAUUCUCAGCUCUGUUGCCUCUUACAGGGGAGAAGACACCAGAUAAUAAACACCGGAAAGGAGUAAGGAGGCGUGGUGCUAAAAAGAGACUGGCAUCGCGUCGACGCCGUGACUCCCCACCAGCAGCAGCCUUGACAAGCCUCGUGAUGAACACCGGUGGCCAUCUUGCUACUUCCCAUAUGGAUACCACAGAUGGUGCGGUCCACUACUUCCAAGAUGAGAGUGGUAACUGGCUAACAUACACCUUCGGUGAGAACAGUUCUGGCGUUGCCUUGGGGAUGCUGGAGAACCAGCAAGAAGAAUGGCCGAACCAGGAACAGCAUAACAAGACCCAAUGGUCUUCAGCCUCAACAUGCUCCGACUCAACAGUAAUCCUCGACUCCCCGAAGCCGGAAGAGCGGCCUGAUUUGUUUCAUGACCUGGCUCUGCCUGGCCCUCUGGGGACAACGGAUGAAAUGCGGACUCAUAGUGCACUGCAGUCCUAUGUCCAGGCCCUGCUGGAGAGUGGUCGGGGCAGACCAACCAUCUCCGACACCUCGUCAGAUUCUGACACAACACACACUAAGUCAAAGAAGGAGAAGCCAAAACAUUUCUACAAACUGUGGUUGUUGAAGAAGAAGUUUUUGAAAAUCCGUUUUGAUAGACUUGCCCUUUUGGCAUUGUUAGAUAGGAGCUUGUCUGUGUUUGAGAACAUUGUAGCUGUGCUCAUGGCAGUGGCUGUCGGUGCUCUCGGUGCUCUAGUCUUGUCAUGCAACUUCUACCAUGACAUAUGGAUAUUUGUCUUCUGUUUCAUCAUUGCCGGCUGCCAGUACUGCUUGCUCAAGAGUGUCCAGCCAGAUGCCUCCUCCCCAAUGCAUGGCUACAACAGAUUGAUAGUGUUCAGCCGUCCAUUCUACUUCUGUCUGUGUUGUGGCCUGGUGUUGUUGCUGGACUAUGCAAGUGACCGCGUCGGGAACCAUCCCAUCUCCAUAUACGGGAUGCCUUUCACAGCUGUAUCGUCUCUCAUAUUUGCUCGAGAUUUACUCAAAAUUUUCAUCCUGUGUUUCCCGCUGCUGUUUACGGCGGGGCUUCUACCUCAGGUCAACACAUUCAUCAUGUACAUGCUGGAGCAGAUUGACAUGCAUGUCUUUGGGGGCAAUGCAACGACAGGCCUCGUUGCCUCAGUGUAUUGUUUGUGUAGAAGUGUGUUUGCUGUUGCCCUGCUCUAUGGCUUCUGUUAUGGAGCUCUCUUGGGGGUGGGAACGGAGCAUACUUGUGGCAAGACUGUGGAGCGGGAGGCAGCUCAGAAUGUUCUGUUCUCUGUGUUCUGUGGUGUCCUGGUCGCUGUCUCAUAUCACCUCAGUCGAAGUGCAAGCGACCCCAGCGUGCUCUGGAUGAUGAUCAGGGACUGUGUUGUGCGACGAGAGGAGGAGAAGACGGAGGAGAAACAGGAUGACAAGGAGGAAGAGCUGGUUGAUCCACUUCCAGGCAAACUGAAGACGUGUGUGAGUGAGAGACUACAGUCAGAUCUGCUGGUGUGUGUGUUCAUCACUGUCCUCGUGUUUGCUGUCCAUGUCAGUACUGCCUUCACCAGUCCUGUGUUGCAGCCCCUCCUGAGUGACAUCUUGUAUUACCUGGCGGCCAGCCUGGGACUGGUCAUCCACUACAUCAUCCCCCAGCUGCGGAAGGAGAUGCCCUGGCUGUGCUGCUCCCACCCGGCCUUCCAGAGCAGGGAGAGGAACUACUUUGAAGUCAAAGAACCAGCCAAGGUGAUGUUGUUUGAGAAGAUGUACGUGUGGCUGAGAUUCUUCGAGCGCAAUGCCAUGUAUCCUGUUGUGUGUCUCUGUGCCUUAACUACCUCAGCUCCAUACAUCGUGUGCAAGUUCAAAAACUUUAUUGGUCCCCUGAUCGUGGUGGUGUGUGCGCUGAAGAUGCUGAGGUUUGCGUUCUCGGACACCCCCCGACAGUACAUGAUCCUCACCUUCACCGUCUUCUUCUUCAAGUAUGACUUCAGGUGGUCAUCCGAGAAAAUCCUCAUCGACUAUUUCUUCAUUUCCAUCUUAUUUUGCAAGUUCUGUGAUCUGUGGUUGAAGAUGAAGUUUAUCAUAACCUACAUUGCCCCGUGGCAGAUAACUUGGGGGUCUGCCUUUCAUGCCUUUGCACAACCUUUUAGUGUGCCUCAUUCUGCAAUGUUGUUUCUUCAGGCAGCUAUUUCAGCUUUUCUUUCCACCCCUCUAAACCCAUUCCUGGGCAGUGCUAUUUUCAUCACAUCCUAUAUCCGACCAGUCAAGUUCUGGGAGAGAGACUACAACACCAAGAGGGUGGAUCACAGCAAUACACGCCUUGCCUCACAGAUCGAGAGAAAUCCAGGUGCUGAUGACAACAACCUCAACUCCAUCUUCUAUGAGCACCUGACUCGGUCGCUACAGCACAGCCUGUGUGGGGAUCUGAUGCUGGGACGCUGGGGCAAUUACACCCAGGGAGACUGCUUUAUCAUGGCCUCCGACUACCUCAACGCUCUUGUACAUAUCAUAGAAACAGGCAACGGGCUUGUCACAUUCCAGUUGAGGGGGUUGGAGUUCAGAGGUACCUACUGUCAGCAGAGGGAGGUGGAGGCUAUCACAGAGGGAGUGGAGGAGAAUGAAGGAUUCUGUUGUUUUGAGCCAGGCCACUUACCCCAUUUCUUGUCUCUGAACGCGGCUUUCAAUCAGCGGUGGUUGGCAUGGGAGGUUGUGGUGACAAAGUAUGUACUGGAGGGCUACAGCAUCUCGGACAACAGUGCCGCCACAAUGCUGACAGUCUUUGAUCUCAGGAGAGUGCUCAUCACGUAUUACAUCAAGAGUAUAAUAUAUUACACUGUGCGGUCACCGAGACUUGAGCAGUGGCUGACAGACGAGGCCAUCAGGGAGGCUUUGCAGACCACCACCGAUGAUGACUACACCGACCUUGACCCCACCUUCAACAUGCAUGUAGAUGACGACUACGACACCAAACUGUCCGGCAUUUCCAGACGCUCCUUCUGUGCGGUGUAUCUUCAGUGGAUACAGCACUGUGCAUCACGCAGGGAGAAUAGUGUGGACAGUGAUAAGGGCUCCAUGCUGGUAUCUCUGUGCUACAGCCUCAGUCUCCUGGGUCGCCGUGCCCUAGCUUAUGCCUCUCACAACAGUGCCUCAGCAAGGUCAGUCCACAGGAGUCACAAGUUUCAAGCUGUUGAUUUCUUCCUGUUCGGCCUCCAUGCCCUGUUUAAGGGGGACUUGCGGAUCACCUCUCAGCGGGAUGAGUGGGUGUUUGCCGACAUGGAGAUGAUGAGGAGGGUGGUGGCACCAGCUAUCAGAAUGUCACUCAAACUCCACCAGGAUCACUUCACAUCCCCUGAGGAGUAUGAAGAUCCCCGUGCCUUGUACGAUGCCAUCACUUCCCAUGAGAUGAACAUGGUCAUAUCACAUGAGGCUGACCCGGCCUGGAGGAAUGCGGUGCUCUCUAAUGUCCCUUCACUUCUAGCCCUCCGUCAUGUGUUUGAUGAAGGAUCAGAUGAAUACAAGAUCAUCAUGCUCAACAAGAGAUACCUCAGCUUUAGGGUUGUCAAGGUGAACCGUGAGUGUGUCCGAGGCUUGUGGGCAGGGCAGCAGCAGGAACUCAUCUUCCUAAGAAACCGAAAUCCCGAGCGAGGCAGCAUCCAGAACGCGAAGCAGGCUUUGCGUAACAUGAUCAACUCCUCGUGUGAUCAGCCGAUCGGCUACCCCAUCUACGUGUCCCCCCUCACCACCGCCUACUCCUCCACUCACCAGCAGCUGGCUGCCAUCAUCGGGGCAGAGUUCAUCCUUGCCAAUGUCAAAAGGUUCUUUCAAAAUGUUUGGAAAAGAUUGAGGCGGCGAUGUGAUGCAACGUGUGCAGGGGGUAGUUCAGCAUUCCAGGACGACCACAUGUACAGCGUCAGUCCCCCUCAUCAGUACGCAGCAGCAGCAGCUCUAGGUUCAACAUGUUCGGGCCCAGGGUCGACUCCCACUAACCAGCCUCAGGACAUCCCCCUCCAGAGUCUAGGUAACCGAGGGAGCCUCAUCUCCACCGCCAGCACUGCCAGCAAACCCAGUGCCCUGGCCUCUCUAGCCAACCUCAUCGGGGACUCCGCAGCAAAUAAAGACCCCCUGCCUCACAGAGUCAGGGUCCUGGACACCAGUCAUGUGUUUGAUACUGUCAACCUUGGAAGGAGAAUAGAUGUCCAGUGGCCAAAUGAGGAAUGGCGUCAGCAUGGAGGCAAGAAUACCUGGAGUGACUGGACGCCCUGUAAGGGCAUGGAGGGGAUUGUGGUUCAUCGCUGGGUGCCAGGUCAUCGCGACCCCAACCGGCGCUCUCAUGUAGACAAAACAAUAUUAUUGGUUCAGGUUGGAGAACAUUAUGUGCCAAUAGCAGAGAACGGUAUCACAGACUUAGGUGCGGAAGUAUGACAGCGGGGGAGAUGUGCUUUUACUACCUGUGAUAAUUUAAAAUAAAGUCCUAGAUUGUGGCUGUGUGUGUCCGAUUGGGCCAGAAGAAUAGUCAAUGAUCAAGCAGGAAGUGUGCGGCGGUAGAGUGAUGAGCCACGGAGGUGUGUGACGUGUGUUCACAGUGUGAGAAGUUAUGAACAUACAGGAAGUACACUGUUUCCCUCUUGGAUUCAGUGAUAUAGACGUGGGAUUAUGAGUGUCCAGUGUUAUGCCAUGGAGAGACAGGGCCAAUAGGCACUGCGUGGAACAUUUGUGGAAGAUUGACCUGAGUGGAAACAUGCCCUGAAGCUUUAUUGACCUGUUACAGCCUAAUAUAUUACUGUCAGGUUUUGAAAUGUUUCAUGUGACAGUUGUCUGCCUCUUGAUGUGUGGAUUGAGGAUUAUUGAACAUCACCUUGUCAUGCUUAUGUAUAGGAUCCUCUUUAAAUUUUCAUAUGAACUUACCAGUACUAGAAAGGUCAGAUUAUAUAUAAAAAAAGUGGUCAUAGCAAUGUUGUGUUUUUAGAAGGAAUGUGUAUACAAUUAUGAUCACUGUUAAGUAUGACCAAAUAAUAAUUACUGAAAGUGCAAUUGAAACAGAUUCUGGUGUUGCCCCAUUGUUCUAUGAUCUAACCGGGUCAGAAGAAUGGAGUUUAUGUCUACAUGUUCCGAUGAUUUCGUAAUGUCAUCGUCAUUCUGGACCUACUACAGGUGACAUGCCAAAGACACAAAAGGUUUAAGAAUUCCAUAUGUGUUUUUCUUUGUCAACUAAGGGUUUAUUUGUUUUAAUUUCAAACUUGAUUGAUAUUAGUGUGGUUGUGAUUCCAAGCAGAGAUCAUGCAAGCUAAAUAUGUAAUGCUGUUUUAUCUGAUUGAAUCAGUCAUAUCCACAUCAAUUUUCAGAACCCUGUUUCACAAGGCAAUGUUAGUGCAAAGACUAGUAGGUCUAUGAUUGAGUGCAAAUAAAGUAUAGGCUUUACAGUCGCUGCAACACUGAACAGGGACUUUGUGUUGUGGAACAGGGCCUUGAUCAAAUGUUUCAAAAUCAUUAGAGGAUAUAAGUUUGGUUAGUUCUAAGCUGUGAAAGUCUUCAAGAUGGGGUUUUCAGAGCAAGUGUGUCCAGGCUUACUUGGUUUUGCUGUGCUCAAUUACUUCACCAUAUUUACAUAUCUACUGGAACCUGCUGCUGGGCAUCAGUGUGUUGGUUUAUACAUGGUUGAUACUGUUAAGUUACAGGGUCGCAGUGUUGUAUAAAUAUCAUAUUCAACUGUUACAAGCUCCCCGGGUGCUUCAGAAAUUGACAAAGGAGGGCGCUUGUUAAAACCAUACACAAUGAGUAAAGUGUGUUUUCAGAGAUCGAGCAGUUGUGAACAUCAAUGGAACUUAAAAGCUUUGUAUAAUAGUUGCAAGGCAAUUAUGUACCCUCCUGCGCUGCUGUUUUCUGUAAUAUACACAAGAAAAUGUGGACACUCAUAAAACAUUCUGUCUUUGUAGGGUAUACUUAUAGAGAUUAAAAACAGAUAGGUCUUGACGAUGUUCAAGGCCUUAUUGGAGUAUGGUUGGUAACCUGGCGAAUACAGUACUGUUACUUGUCGUCUAAUCAGUGACUACCAUCCAAUGUGUGACCGGGCAGUAAGUCUACAGUAAUUCGAAUCUUUCUGGGCUAAAUUAGAAUGUGCAAGACUAUUGUGACAGUUUUUCCUAUUAAUCUGACAAUAAUUUCAUAAAUGAUCCCCAAAUAUGAAGGGCAUGUUUUGCUUUUGCAUAUUACCUACUGCCUACAGUAAGUCUUAAGAAAGACAGUCUAUUAAUCUCCAUUGUCAAAUGAGUCUGUAUUUACACCUGUCUUAAGAGACACACUUGUCAGUAAACCAGUAAAUAACAAUUUCAUAUUUAGAAACAACUAUUUACAGUGGAAACCAUGAUGUAGUCAUGUAGAAAGAAAGAGUUUAAGCAAAACUGGCGAAGUAAGAUGUUUAAGCUGCAAGAAAUUAAUUACUUGUUUGUCAGAAAGAGUGCAACCCUAGCAGGCGCAGGGCAUUGUCAUAUGGAAUAUGGUUCUAUAAACAUUCUAAAUGGUUCCAAAAUAUUUCCCUGGCCCAGAAAGCUCACAGUGGAAAGAGAAUUAUGUAAGGAGAAAUUGUGUAUUUCCAUAAAUAAAUUUUAAAUAUCAGACAUCUCAACAAAUAUCAGCGUUGGUGUAAUCACCUGCAAAGAGAACUUCUUGAUUUCUGUUCUGUAUAUUAGAAUAUGUUGUUAUCACAUGGUGUGGGUGGGGGGACUCUUGAUCUAUUCCAUGCUUGUCACCAGAAUCUUAUUAACAAGGAAAUAAUUUGUUGUGGCAGUCAGUUUAAUUCCACUUUGGUGUAAAGAUAAAAAGAAAAGUGACCUUGUGAGCAGAAAGAUGUAAGAAAUUGAUCUUAUUGGUUUUAAAAAUAUUGUUGUGAAAUUUUUUUAUCUUCUUAAUACAGUAUGUAACUAUGUACUAAGUAGCUAAAUUUUAGAUUUCCAGAAGCUUUUUACGUUAGAAUAACAGCACAGUCUGAACUGUCACUUUUGUAUGAUGCUUUACAGUUGGAACAGAUACCAUAUCAAGGGGAGAUCACUCCGAACACCAAACCUACAGGCUCCCAGGAGUCCUGUGAGAAGGGGCCAAAGAGUACUGAGAUUCAUACGAGUGUUCCAUUAAGGGUGAUGAUUUAUUUAAACUUGCUCAAGUAUAUGAGUGUGUUUACUGAUGGACCAUGCUCUAUUAUCCUGUGUAGUAUGUCUCCAUUCUAUUAGAAUAUAUGCUCUGGACCCAACACAUCUUCAUCUCAAUCUGUCUAAUCUUUCUCAAAACAGAAUAUCUCUCUCUCAUGAGCUUCAAAUCAAGAACCAAUCAAAAUAUCUCUUAUAACGCAAGUUCAUCAUAGACCUACAUUAAAAAUCGUAAUCUUUUAUGUGAAAACCUUUGAUGUUUUCCUGAGUAUUUUAGCCAGGGGAGGAAUGUCAUUAAGCUACCAGCAUUAGACGGCGCGCAACAAGGUAAGUCAAGUAUAUAGCUUGUUUUGAUCAUGACAUUUCAUUGGAUGGCUAUUUAUUGUUGUCAUUCAACCCAGACUCAAAACGAGUCGCUAUAUGGCUGAAAUAAUGCUGAUGCAACAUUAGAUUUUAAAUUUUACCUCACUCACCCAAAACGAAGCGAAGAUUGUGAAUGGGUCCAAGGUAUUUAUCCUAAUAGAAUGGAGGUCUGAUAUGAUUGAUAAUUGAGGAUGCUGGUGGACCACAACUCUGCCAACCAAAGAUGUAGUUUUAAAGAGAAGGAUGUUCUUCUGUUGUGUGUGUUAAUUGUACCUGAGUGCA